UAUGAUUUAAGCUGCAGCAAGGAGGAGGAAGAAGUAACAAGAAGACUAGUGGACGAGCGAGCAGGACGUCUUUCCACGUCCUUUCUUUCUUUCUUUUUCUUUUUUUUUAAUUGAAUACACUUUUAGCAGAGAAGAGCGCCACACAAUACAGAAGGAGGCACAAAUUAAGGGGUCAUGGAUACUUGCCCGCGGAUUCUUCUGCUGCUGCUGCACUCCGCUGCCGUCUUGUCCUUGUCCACACAUGUGGCGUUGGUCUACCCCCAGGAUCCCGUCCUCCGCGUGGGCUCCGAUCUGACAGCUAGCUGUUGGGUGCACCCGGACGCCGGGCUCCACGCCAGUUCACUGUACUGGACGCUCAAUGGCCAACGACUACCCAUUUCCAUGUACAGAACGCUGAGCUCCACCAACCUCAGUGUGACACUUAGCGGCCUGAAUGCAUCACGACAGACGUCCGGCGACAAUCUGGUGUGCCACAACCAUGAGGGACACAUACUGGCAGGCUCCUGCAUCUAUGUCGGAAUGCCCCCAGAGAAGCCUCUCAAUUUGACGUGCUGGUCGCGGAACACCAAAGACCUAACGUGCAGUUGGACGCCAGGAGGGAAAGGGGAAACCAGCAUUAGCACCCAGUACUUGCUCAAGUAUAAGCUCAGAUGGUACGGCAAGGAGAAGGAGUGCGAGGACUCCACCCACUCGCAGCCGUUCUCGUGCAGCAUCACUCGCGACCUGCACCUCUUCACCCCUUACGAGAUCUGGGUGGAGGCGUCCAACCAACUGGGCCGCGCCGCUUCCGACGUCAUCACGCUGGACAUUCUAGACGUUGUGACCACAGAUCCCCCUGCGGGGGUGACGUUGAGCCGCGUAGGGCAGUUGGAGGAUCAGCUGAGCGUUCGCUGGGAUGCCCCACCGGGACUCAAGGACUUCCUCUUCCAGGCCAAAUACCAGAUUCGCUACAGACUGGAGGACAGCCAAGACUGGAAGGUGAUGGAUGAUGUCGGCAACCAGACUUCUUGUAGGCUGGCGGGACUCAGACCUGGAACGGUUUAUUUCGUGCAGGUCCGUUGUAACCCGGUGGGUAUCUACGGUUCCCGCAAAGCUGGAAUCUGGAGUGAGUGGAGUCAUCCCACUGCGGCGUCCACACCACACAGUGAGCGAGCGGUGUCAGGCUCAUGCGACCCCAAGUCGAGCGGGGACUCCAAUUCGACGCUUCGCCGCGAGUUGAAGCAGUUCUUCGGCUGGGCACGCAAACACGCCUACGGCUGCAGCAGCAUGUCCAUAAAUCACUACGACCAGUGGCGGAUGCUCAUGCAGAAGUCGCACAAAGCACGCAACCAGGUAGGUUCUCCAAGGGGAUAAGUCGUAGCACAUGCCCAGUGGAAAAACAACACAGAGCAAUCGGAAGGCGACCAGAGGAUGGUCGUAAAAUUCAGAGACAGUUGUUUCCCCUCUUUUUGCGGCCAAAAGACAUUUGGAGCUGUUGCAUUUCCGUCCGUUACAUGCUUCCACCACUCCCUGACUAAGGAUCAGGACAUUUUGGACUAGCAGGAAAAAAUUAAGUCAACCUCUUUAUGGGGUUUCCCCAAAAAUCUUGCACAGCCUGGUGGUAAAGAAGCCCAAGUUUAAAAAAAUAAAGAAAUAAAAUAAAAAUGUUAUCUUGACAGGAAUUUUGAAAUUCUGACUAUUAUAGGAAAGGAAAAGAAGAAAAAGACUUUUAUUCACAAUACUUAAAUGUGGCCUUACAAAAAGGCGCAGUCUUGAAAUAUAGUUCAAACAAACAAAAAUGCAAUGCAAUUCAAUGCAAUGCAAUGCAAUGGCAGAGCUGGGACAAGUUAACAGAUGCGGUUAAAAUAUGUGUAAUCUUUAUACUUUCUGUUGUAGCCUUGUUUCUGCCUGGCGACCCGCCAGGCCUAUUCAACACCAGGGGAAACCCUGCUUUACAUUCGGCACUAGUUUGCUUCCUUCAGUCAGGGAGAAAAAAGUGCUUUGCUGCCAUCUUGUGGAAUAUUUUGGCAAUUACAAAUCUUCUCGUAUAGGCGUCAGUUACUUGGAAUUGACUCAAAUGGGGAUUCACCUCUGUUUCGAAUAUUGAAAAACCCAAGUGAUUGAUAUCCCAGUGUCCUAAAAUUGUUCAGGAUUGCCUUUAUUCCUCAUUGGCUGCCAAUGGAAUGAAACCGUUGCUCUAAAAAUGAACAUUUUUACAUUUACCCCACAGUAACUUUGACAUAUUAACACAACACCGAAACUCAGCAAACAAAUCAACAGGCUUCCUACUGUUGUAUCCAGAGGUGGGUAGUAACUAGAAGCGUGCAAAAUUUCCGAUUCUUAGAUUAUUUGCGAUUCGGCCGUGGAAGAUUCGAGAACGAUUCACAAACAUCCAAAUUCCGAUUAUUUAAUUAUACCAGGUAAAGUCGAACUAAAACACAGUCAGCACGGUCUUCGGGACGCAAUGAGGUACAGACCGAAAGUAAAUAUCAUGUUCAACCCGUGCCGCUAGAUAAGAAAACAAUAAUACUUGACUGAGGCCAACAGCCGCUACAAACAACACCCAGUUGCUAGUUGCUACAAACAUACAGCCACUAUAAUGCUACGGUAGAUAUCACAUAUAUAUAGAACUAGAUGCGAAAUGACAGAGGACGGCGGCGUUAGAACAUGUAUAGAGAACUAGAUGCGAAAUGUCAGACACACAGCCACCAUCAAGCAGUAGACUUCUCUGGAAGGCUCUGUUAUAGCGAACCUAAUUAACUUCUUAUCUAAAAUACUCCUAAAUCGGCGAAAUCUUGACUUGAAUCUAUCUUUAAACUAUGAAAGAGGUUUAAAACUUUCACAUGUCGAAAGUAGACAGAAGGGAAAAAAUGGAGUAACAGGAGCAAUUUUAACAACUUUAACGGUUGAUUCACAACAUAAAAUUGAAUGUAGUUUAAAGCUGCUGAUACAGAAUGGGGACUUCAGUAUUUUAUUUACUGUUUUGAACUGUUAACUUGAUACUGAGAUAGUAGUUUGGUUUAGCCUGAGAGGAUUUUUGAACAAUUUUGGAACUAAUGUACGAAACAUUAAAAGCGGGGGGUUGGGGGGUCAUCACUAAUUGAUUUAUAAUCGAAUAGUACCCUCUGAAUCGUAAUCGAAUCGUUAGGUUCCCCAAGAUUCCCACCUCCGUUACAUUUACUUGAGUAACUUUUUCAGAAAAAUGUACUUCUUAGUUUUACUAAGCCAUAAUUUUUACUUUUACUUGAGUAGAUUUCUGAAGAAAAAAACGCUAUUCUUACUCCGCUACUUUGGACUAAACACGAGUCAUUACACUUUUCUUCUUUAUUCUACAUAUUAGAUGUAUUAUUUUUUGCCAGCGAUGCCAAGAGUAGUGCUACUAAUUUCACCUUAUGCGACGUCGCAACAAUAAUCACAUGACUAUUACACCAAUCAGAUGCAAGCUUGCCGUUGUAUGAUCACGCCAGCCUGUUCAAUCACGUAGCGUCAUUAAAGCACCAUAAAAAAUAAAGUAUUUGACAUUGAGCGCUGCCCUCGACAUGACUCGAAAGCACAGAUUUACCCUCUCACGGUUUUUAUUUGUCACCGAUUGACCAAGAUAUUUUCUCCACUAGAUGACACUCAUGCUUUUUGGAUGCUUUUUUUCCUCUCGCCAAAAUUCAAUGAUAUUUUUUUUUUUUUUUUUUUUUUUUUUUUUGUAUUUGGCUUAAUGUAAUGAUGUAAUGGGUUAUUGUACAGUAUCAUUAUAACAACAGUUCAUAUAGAUCAGUUUGAUCUAAAAGCAAAAAAAUACCAUUGUUAAAAAAAAAAAAAAAAAGCAGUUACUCACAAUGUUACUCAUUUACAUGAGUAUUCUUUUCACUAGAUACUUUUUUUACUUGUACUUGAGUACAUUUUUUGGAUGACUACUUUUACUUGAGUAACAAUUUUUUGAAGUAACGCUACUCUUACUUGAGUACAAUUUUUGGCUACUCUACCCACCUCUUGUUGUAAGUGCUUUAAUGAUAUUUCAUAAUUUAACUCAUUCAAACGAUCAGUGCCAGCCCCUCUCAAUUGAAAUGGAUAGGACGUCUAGCACCGUCGAUGGCACUGAAAAAGUUUCUAAGGUAAGAGUUUGUUCAUGAAGCAUUAAUAAAAUGUCUCACCGAAUGUCAAUGGCAGCCAAUGAGUUAAAGGCCUUUCAAAAAAAAAGAUUUGGACAAUAUUUAGCUCAAUGUCUCUAAAGGACUAUCAAAAUAGUUGUUCAGUUGAUCAUCGAUUAGUUGUUGAUUAGUCCAUCAAUCGUGGCAUUUAGUUGGCUUGAGUUUCCUCUCCAUUGAACCUCCACAUUACUGUCGGUUUUUCUUAUUUAAUGGACAUACCUCGAAUGCAACAUAUUGAGACGCUAUGUAAUCAUCUCUGCUUUCGCCAUACAGUGAUCCCUCGCUACUUCGCACUUCAGACUUUGCGCCCUUAGUCCAUCGCAGGUUUUUUUUUUUUUUCAUUUAAAAAAUAAAUAAAUGCAGUAUUUUAUGGAGCUGUCCCAAUCCGAUUAUGUAGUCUCUCACUCUCGCUCCAGCAGCUUUUCUUGGUCAGGCAUGGAGUUGCUGCACUGGAGUUGCGAUGAUUGACAGACAUUAAGGUUUGAUCUUGCCAGAGAUGCUUGGAAGCCAUUACUUCAAAGCGCCGCAUGCGCCAAUCAUCGUUUAACUUGUUAAACAGUUGCUUUGGUAACUCAUUGUGUGUAAGUGAGCAGUUUGAGCGGAUUUGAGUGGAUUCAUUGAAUCAUUUAAUAAAGAUAAGCAUUUUUCGACUUUUUUUUUUUUUUUUUUUUUUUUAAUAAUUCAGUGGGACCGUAACAUGUUUAAAACUUAUUAUUAUUAUUCCAUUUGAAGUGCUUAUAAAGCAUUUAUUAAAAUAUAUAUGUAUAUACAUAAAAGUUUUUUUAAACAGGUCAAUCUGAAUAAAUGCAUUGAACACACAAUUUUUUGGGCUGCGGGGAGGACGCUACUUUGCGGUUUUUCCACUUAUCGCGGUGGGAUCUGGUCCUCAUUAACCGCGAAAAACGAGGGAUCACUGUGCUUUAGAAUUCCAGUAAGUAAUGCAUUUUUCGAGGACGGUAUGUGUGCAGUGACAAUGUCUUUGUACAGUAUGCUUUGGAACAGGCUGGUUUCCAUUUGGAUAUCAGAGUGACACUUAAGCCAGUUGUGACAGCAAAGACAAAACAGGUACUGUGUCACUUGAACCAUGCAGAGUUACUCAGCCCUCAUGAUCGUACAGUAUUUCUAAGAAUUGUGUUACAAGUGCCAAAAUGUUUUUUUUGUUUUUUUUUCACUUUUAUUUUUGUUUUUUUAUCCAGAUGUCUCUUGCCUUCCUUUAUUUUUGUACUGAAUCAUAGUCACAUAUUUAAGAGUGUGUACAGUGUUUUAUUUCUUAAAUUAUGUUUUCUCAAAUUAUGUUUUACCUGGUAAAUAAAUACUAAUAACUGACUGAAUUUGA